AUGAGCGCUUCUGUCCCUGGCGAUUUGCUUGGACAGAUAGCAUUGACUAUUGAGGAAGCUUUUGCAAGUGCAAGAAACGAGGAUCAAGAGACAAUUGCAAAACUAGAGAAAGAGAACACAGCAUUGAAGGAGACCAUUCGAUUACAAGAGGAGGAGUUGAAGAAAAUGAGAUCCAUACAGGGUGAUGCGAGAUCUAACCAAUUCCCAUCUCCAAAAAAGGAUCCAUUAGUACAACUGUCAUCUCAGUCAUCUCAAGGAGCGCAAAAAGUGAACGGCAAAGACCUCAACACGAACUCAACAGCCCUCGAUAACAUUUACCUAUAUCCGACUCAAUACAGUGACACCGACGAGGAGAGCAAUGCCAUCGAUAAGACAUCAUCGCCCGUAAAAAUGAGCUGUAGUCGGCAGACCAAUUCCAACUCCAACUCCAACUCCACAUGCAAGCCAUCAAUAUCGACUUAUGUGCAACUCAAGAAUGAACAAGUCAGAGCGAGCAACCAAUUGCGCCCGGCUAUCCACACCAACAAGCCAAAUUCUCCCAUAGGCUCACCACCCCGGAAAAAAUCACGUUGCAGGAGUACUGAGUUCGAGAAAGAUGAAGGGGUUGAUGAAAACACCCCACCCACAUCGCAGGCCAAGACAAACAACAAAGAAGAAAAUUUGGAGCAGAUUGCAGAUUCCCAGGACGAGGAUGACACUAUUCUCAGUCAAGUAGCCAUUGGGCCAAGGCAAUAUCUAUCAGUUGAUAUCCCUCAAGAUCUUAACCCGCUCCAAACAAGAAUGUUUCUCUCAAACUACUAUGCAAAUUUGCUUAAAACCGACCCUGAUUUCAAGAUACACUUGGUGUUCAAUCCGAUAAAACAAAUCUCAUGGGAUUUCAGUGAUUUUAAGGCGAACAAACACUACAAACCGGGCAAUUUCACUCAACUUGUCAACCGAAACUCGUUAUUUGAACCGAAAAAAUUCAAUCAGUAUAAGCAAUUUUACAGCUUUGGUGACAAUGAGGGUGUAAGCGGGCAGGAGUUUGAAGAUAAACUACUGCAGAUUUUUGGCAAGUUUGAGUCACCACCUGGGUUUAUGGAACUGGAUUUCCCAAAUACUCAAGAGAUGGAUGAGAGAAAGCGAACUGUUCGAGAACGCCAACUAAAGCGUCUAGCAAGGAGAAUAGCAAGUUGUGUUAUGGUAGAGGAUGGAGUCCAAGUUGGAGAGUAUGUGUUUGGGAGUGAUGUUUUGAACCAGUAUGUUAUUCUAGGACGUUGGUAUGUUGAUUAG